AUGGCGACCCCCAAAAAACAUAUUCGAGUGGGCUAUGUGCCUGAACAUUACCUAGCACCCCUCCACCUUGCAAUCCGCGACUCGUCAUAUGCAGAUCUGCCCUUCAAACUCACUCUAGUCCCAUUUCCAGCCGGCACAGGGCAUAUGAUCACAUCCCUCCGUGCGGACGAGAUUGACGUUGCCAUCGGUCUCACAGAAGGCUGGGUUGCCGGACUAACCAGCAAGCAACAAUUGAAAGACAGAAGCUCUGCAACCGAUGACGGCGGUUACAAAAUAGUAGGACAGCUGGUGGAAACACCGCUACGCUGGGCAAUUGUCACGGGCAAUAACAGAAGCGAGCUGAAUGGGGUCAACGACCUGAAAGACUCGCGAGUUGGCGUGAGUCGGAUGGGAAGUGGAUCGCAUAUAAUGUCCUUUGUCCUUUCACAGCAGCAGGGCUGGGCUGUUGAGAGUCUCAAACCGGUUAUUCUUGGUCCAUUCGCCGGUCUACGGGACGGCGUCACAUCAACCACCGAAUCUUCGAGUGAAGGUGACAAAGCAGAGUUUUUCAUGUGGGAACAUUUUACUACAAAGCCCUACUUCCAACCCUCGGACCCAUCAUCGACAACACCGCCACCGCUGAAGAAGAUCGGGGAGAUAUAUACGCCUUGGCCUUCGUGGCUCAUUGUUGCAUCGACAAAGACAUUCCCGUCACCAGAGAGUGAUGAGACUUUGCAGGCGUUGUUUGGCUUACUUGACAAAGGGAUCGUUCAAUUCGAGAGCAAGCCCGAUGAGGUUAUCAGAUUAUUGGGAACGGGGGAUUUUGGCUGCACCUACGCAGAAGAUGAUGCCAGGGAGUGGAUGAAAGCGACGAGGUUCGUGAAAACUACGAAGGGAUUGAGCAGUGAAAUCGUGAAGACUACGGUCGAUGUGUUGAAAGUAGCUGGGGUUAUAGAUCAGGGACUACCACUGGAUGUUGCUUUGCAGAGAGUCACUGGCAUUUCUAGAUGA